CUGUUAAACAGUACAGCCUCUCUCUCUCUCUCUCUGUUGCUCUCCUUUAUCAUAUCUCGCUCUCACUCUCUCUCUCUCUCUCUGUCCUUUCCCGUCUCAGAGGCAGACAGUCAGUGGAGCAUCGGCACGGCAACGGGAGCGACACAGGACUGACAGUCAGAGAAGAAGAGGACAGCGAACCUCGCUGACAGCAACACGACAUUAGGAACAUUUAGGGCAGAGCAUCAAUUUGGAAUGCGGUUCAAAUCAAAGCAGAAGCAACAGAUUGCCCCCAGUUGCAAUUGUUGCUGCAACUGAUGCUCUCCUGGCUGAUCCACGCUUUGGAAAUGGAGCAGAUUUGCAACAGCUCCUGCAGCUGACGUCUCCUAGCUUUUGAAAGUCAGUUUUAUCUGUGUGAAAGAAAUGCUUUUGCUCUGUCAAAGCACGAGGAAAAGGCAACGCUGAGCGACGGAACCAAAAAAGCUUUGAUUCAGCCGGAGAGCAACACGUUUCACGCUGGGCGUCAACAUCACCUCGACCACCAGCGUCUCCUCCCAUCUUUCUAUCCUUCGCCGGGAUCUGAAGAAGACCAGGCAUCGUAGCUGUGAAUGCACAAACAGGCGGAAGAUGUGAGGUUGACAUGCAGAGAGCAGAGGUCAGGGAGUUUUGCCAUCAAACAAAAAGAGCAAGAUCAGGUUUUAUCAGCGCGAAGAUCAGGUAGGACUCGCAGCCAGACAACAACAAGUCCGUCAGACUAUCACCUGCACUUCUGAGGACAACAAGGCAUAAACAGGAGGAUGUACACCAGCAUCUGCCCGAGAACAGAAGCAAAACAAGAAUCCAAAAAAGUAGAGCAGGAAUGACAGGAAAAGAGAGAUUCAACUCGGCCACGCACAUACACAGAUAGAUGUUCAUUUGGAAAAAAAAGCAUAACACAAAGAUAUCAUUGACCAGAAUACUAAACCUCCUCAAAAGUGAGCAACCAACAGAGAGAUAGCUCACUUCAGAAGGAUGUGUUUGCAUUCGGUUUGACGUACAGAGAAACAUCGACAUCUUUCUUUGACUUUGACUUCUGCUGCCACUUGCCGCAAGUACGUUGUUGCACCGAUUUCCUUCGGUGCGAGCAACUCGGGGUUCUUGCCUGACUCUUCUUUUCGGGGUGAGGUGGAUCUGCCGUGGGGGGCAGCUGACAGCUAUCCAAGACGCCGCGAGCCGUACUCCGCGUGAAGAAUGCCCAGCCUCGCUUGGCCAAGCCGGCCGACCCGGGGCCGACUGCGGGCCUCUACAUGGAAAGAUCGCAGAGCCGCAUCAGCCUGUCGGCGUCCUUCGAGGCCCUCGCCAUCUACUUCCCCUGCAUGAACUCCUUCGACGAGGAUGAUGGGGUGGAUACAGAGGGCAGGAAGUUGAAGGGAACCAUCCAGAGGAGUACGGAGACGGGUCUGGCUGUAGAGAUGCCCAGUCGGACCGUCCGACAGGCCAGCCACGAGUCUAUAGAGGACAGCAUGAACAGCUACGGCUCAGAGGGGAACCUGAACUACAGUGGCAUGUGUCUGGCAUCGGAUGCACAGUUCAGCGACUUCCUGGAUGGGAUGGGACCCGCUCAGUUUGUUGGGCGACAAACAUUGGCGACAACAUCCAUGGGUGACGUAGAGAUCGGUCUGAUGGAGAGGAACGGGGGUCUGGAGGUGGAGGUAGUCCAGGCCAGAGGACUCACUAUGAAACCAGGUUCAAAAGGACCUCCAGCGGCCUACAUCAAAGUUUACCUCCUGGAGAACGGGAUCUGUGUGGCCAAGAAGAAGACCAAGUCAGUGAGGAAGUCUCUGGAUCCUCUCUACAACCAGGUCCUGGUCUUCUCUGAAAGCCCACAGGGGAAAGUGGUGCAGGUGAUCGUUUGGGGCAACUAUGGACGGAUGGACCGCAAAUGCUUCAUGGGCGUAGCUCGAAUCCUGUUGGAGGAGUUGGACCUCAGCACAAUGGUGAUUGGCUGGUACAAGCUCUUCCCUACCUCCUCCAUGGUGGACCCAACGAUGACACCACUCAUCCGCCACUCCUCCCAGAUGUCCCUGGAGAGCACCAUUGGGCCCUGUUGUGAGCGAUCCUAAGACUCAAGAAAAAUAUAUAGUUCUGUUGUUGCGACUCAGAUGCCAUUGCUGUCUCAACCAAAUCCUAAGACACAUUUUUAUAUAGCCUGUAGCCCAGUGCCUGGGUCAUCCAGGUGGUACUGCCCCUGGAGCAGGUAGGUGUUCAGUAUCUUACUUAAGGGCACUUCGACAGGUCUAACCACACUUGGGACUGAACCACUCACCUGAUUUGGGAAAUGACUUUACUAACUAGUAGGUCAUUUUGGCACUCAUUGGAAAUACAGUACUUUAAUUCUUUUGAUAUUGUAUCAAACUGUUUCCCAAGACUCACGGGAAGCACAUUUAUUUUGUUGUUGCAACCGACCGCCCCUCAGACUCACAGGAAAAUGUUGCUCUCUUCAGAUUUCUUUGAGGAGAAAACAAAAACCUACUUAAUGAGGAUACUUCAAAGGAGGGCUCGGCUGCCGACACUGAUCACAUCCUAUUGGGACCACAACACACUGCAGGCUCAGCUUUUGCUUCCGCUACGCGCCUUCACAGCCUACAUUCGAUUCUUAUUCCCAGGACUCCCUGUUGUCUUUCUGCGUCCUCCAUAAGGGGCUGGACAGCUCCUGAGUGUUAUCUGUCCAUCUACAAGUCUGGAGAGAAAGUGAGACUGCCCUCAGACUGUUUGAGACACCAGCCUCCCAUUUUGCAGGAGCAUGAGGACAGUAGAUUGUAGGUGAAUUGAUCUGUGCACAGCAGGAGUACAGAGGACUUU